AUGGGGCUCCCGAACCGACUCCACGAUGCCUCCAGCGACUCCAUCCCGAUCCUCCACGUCGUGGCGGCCACCGGGUGGGUCUCCUACCUCCGCUCCCUCCUCCUCUGCCUCCUCCACUCCCUCGGCCUCCUACGCCUCCACCCCUCCUCCGCCGCGGCCAACGAUCCCCUCUUCUCCUGUGCCAGGUCCGGCCUCGCCGGACUCAUCGUCAUGGCCUCCUCCAGACGCCCCUUUGCCUACGAGGCCUUGCCAUCGGCGACCGCAGAGGGGGAACGAGAGGAGCCGAGCUACGUGGUGUGCCUUUGCGAGCUCGUCGACGACAACCGGGUACGGUGGCUAGCGUGCUGCCAUGUGUUCCACAACGAGUGCCUCGAUGGGUGGUUCGACCAAAGGAAUCUAAAUUGUCCUCUCUGCCAGUCGCCGCUGGCGGCGGAGGAGCGUCAGGCCGAUGCCGACCGCCGAAUCGGGGCGAAGCUCGUCGCUUGGCUCUCCCCCUAUUGA